CUGUCUUGGUUUAUAACCUUUUUUCUCCCGUUUUCACAGCUCGUGUUAACGCAAAUCGGCAGCGCUCCAAAGUGCAAACCCCCCAUACAAAUCUCUGCAGAUCAUUCUUCCUGCAAUUCCUCAGAUUGUAAAAGUCAAUCUCCAAUUGGGUCCGGUACAGAUUUUGUAUCCAUUUCCGGAUAUAUCACAUGUGUUGAGAAGAUGAAUUCGUUUUCUGUUAUACGGAAGAAAACCCCAUUUCAGAAGCAUAGAGAAGAGGAGGAAGCAAAGAAAAAGAGGGCGGAAGAUGAAACUGCUCGCUUGUACGCGGAAUUUGUAGAGUCAUUUCAAGGGGAUAAUACUCCUGGCUCAAAGACAUUUGUUAGAGGAGGAACGAUCAAUCCCAAUGAGAGGCAGAAGACUGAUUCCGAAGGUGGGAAUUCCAAAGAUGGGGCAUCUGUUCCAAAGAAGGGAAGUAGGUAUGUUCCAUCUUUCAUUCCACCUCCUUUGGCAACCAAGGGGAAAGAACCCGAAAAGAAGAAGGAUGAGGAGAGGCCAAAGGAUAGAGAAAAAGGGAAGUCAAGGAACAUAGACAAUUUUAUGGAGGAACUGAAGCUUGAGCAAGAAAUGCGGGAAAGGCGGAAUCAAGAGCGAGAAGGACGCCAUAGUGAGCAUUCUGCUCCAUCUAGCCGAUUUGAUGAGCUUCCAGAUGAUUUUGAUCCGAGUGGGAAACUUCCUGGGUCCUCUGAUGAUGGGGAUCCACAAACUACAAAUCUAUAUGUUGGAAAUCUCUCACCACAGGUGGAUGAGAAUUUUCUCUUGAGGACUUUUGGAAGGUUUGGGCCCAUAGCCAGUGUAAAGAUAAUGUGGCCUCGGACAGAAGAGGAGAGGAGGCGGCAAAGAAACUGUGGUUUUGUUGCCUUUAUGAAUAGAGCUGAUGCACAGGCUGCAAAGGAUGAAAUGCAAGGUGUUGUUGUUUACGAAUACGAGUUGAAGAUUGGUUGGGGUAAGUCUGUCUCUCUUCCAGCACAAGCUUUGCCUGCUCCUCCACCUGGACAUAUGGCCAUCAGGAGUAAGGAGGGUGGCACUGUGAUUUUGUCUGGUCCUGAUGGUCCACCAGUUACUUCCGUUACAAGCCAGAGUUCUGAACUGGUUCUUACUCCAAAUGUUCCUGAUAUAAUGGUUAUUCCCCCUAAAGAUGAUCACCUCUGCCAUGUGAUUGAUACAAUGGCUCUGCAUGUGCUUGAUGGAGGAUGUGCUUUUGAGCAAGCUAUAAUGGAGAGAGGUCGCGGUAAUCCACUUUUCAACUUCUUGUUUGAACUUGGGUCAAAAGAGCAUACAUACUAUGUUUGGAGGUUGUACUCUUUUGCACAGGGUGAUACUCUUCAGAGGUGGCGAAUAGAGCCUUUCAUCAUGAUAACUGGGAGUGGGAGAUGGAUACCACCACCUCUGCCACAAGUCAAGAGCCCAGAUCAUGAAAAAGAGUCUGGUACAACAUUUGCAGCUGGAAGAAGCAGGCGUGUGGAACUGGAACAAACAUUGACAGAUCAACAGAGAGAUGAAUUUGAGGAUAUGCUACGAGCCUUGACAUUAGAAAGGAGUCAGAUAAAAGAAGCUAUGGGAUUUGCUUUAGAUAAUGCUGAAGCAGCAGGGGAGAUAGUUGAGGUUCUUACUGAAUCUUUGACGCUUAAAGAAACUCCUAUACCAACUAAAGUUUCAAGGCUCAUGCUUGUCUCUGAUGUCCUUCAUAACAGUAGUGCUCCAGUAAAGAAUGCAUCUGCAUACCGUACUAAAUUUGAACUGACCUUACCUGACAUAAUGGAGAGCUUCAAUGACUUGUAUCGCAGUAUCACAGGAAGGAUGACUGCUGAGGCACUGAAGGAAAGAGUUCUGAAGGUUCUCCAAGUGUGGGCAGAUUGGUUUCUCUUUUCAGAUGCAUAUGUAAAUGGACUUAGAGCUACUUUUCUUCGAUCUGGCAACUCUGGUGUGAAUCCUUUUCAUUCUUUAUGUGGGGAUGCACCAGAAAUUGAAAAUAAAACAAGUUCUGAAGAUCCAGGUGAAGGGAGGAAGCUCAACCAAGAUGCUGCAUUAGCAAUGGGGAAGGGGGCAGCAAUGAAGGAGUUAUUAAAUCUUCCACUUGCUGAGCUGGAAAGGCGUUGCAGACACAAUGGACUUUCACUUGUUGGUGGUCGUGAAAUGAUGGUUGCACGGUUACUUAGUUUGGAAGAUGCUGAAAAACAGAGGGGGCAUGAACGAGAUGAACUGGGAUAUGGUUCAAGCUAUUCAAAUUCAAGUAGAUAUUUAAAGGAGGACAACUGGAACACAAAUAGUGGUAGCUAUAGGGAGACCAACCUUGGGAUGGAACCAGUUGGAUCAUCAGGAUGGAGUCAUUAUGGGGAUGAUGGGAUGCAUUUACAAGGCAAAGUUUCUUCUGCACCUUUGGCUGCAACUCUUCCUAUUCCACAGCCUGAACUAAAAGCUCUCUCCAAGAAGGGAAAAUCUGAUCCUGUUUUACCUGCUUCAAAAUGGGCUCGAGAGGAUGAUGGCAGUGAAGAUGAAGAUAGGAAAAAUACUCGAGAUCUAGGGUUAAGCUACUCAUCUUCUGGGAGUGAAAAUGCAGGUGAUGGUCCUGGUAAAGAUGAUGGGGCAGAGACUGCAACAGAGGCAAUAUUUCCCUCUCAUCCCGAGAGUGGUAUGAAUGAAGAGCAGAGACAAAAGCUAAGGCGUCUGGAGGUUGCUGUGAUAGAAUAUCGUGAAUCGCUUGAAGAGAGGGGAAUUAGAAGUUCAGAGGAAAUUGAAAGGAAAGUGGCAAUACACCGGAGAAGGCUACAGUCAGAAUUUGGAUUGUCAGAUACUAAUGAGGAUGGCUCAGGGAGCAAAAGGUCAUCCAUAGAGAGGAAGGACAGGAAAGAUGAUUACCGUGACUCUUCAAGAAAGCGACAUCGCAGCCAGAGCCGGAGCCAGAGUCCACAGCACAAAUCAAGUAGAGACAGAGAAAAGGAAAAUGAUGUAGAGAAGGAUCGGGAUAGGCACCGAGAUAGUGGUCAUGGACCAGAAAAUGAAAGGGGGAGGGAACGUGAAAAGAGUGGAAGCAGGGAGAGGGAUGACCAUGAUAGGGAUAAAGGCAGAGAAAGGGAGAAGGAUCGUAGGAGAAGGGGAAAAUAAGGAAACUACCUUGUAAGUGUACUUGGUUUUUCAGAAUGCAAGUGAAACUAAAAUUGAAAUGUUCCAAUAUUAGAAAAAACUGAGAAAGGUACAAGGUGUUGUUUUUAGGAAGCCGGGGGCAGGGCUAGGGAUAUUGUCAUAGAUUACCUACAAAGUAGGAGCUCUGUAGCAACGUGUAUACAUUUUUCUUGAUACUGGUUUUCAGUCUAUUGCAGCUUGAGUACAUGAGGAGAUCUUGUUGAAUCUUGAAUGUACAAGAUGUUAAGGUUCACUCCAAGAACCAGAAAUGAGUCGAGAAUAAAACAUCAUUAUGAUUUUUUUCCUUUC